CAGGUAUCUUGUUCAGAUAAUCACAUUCAUCUGCUAAAAAUGCCUACAAUGGAUAUCUCAAAAUCCAUAUCGGGAAUCAAGCCUCCUUUUUCGUUUCCUCUCAAACAUGAAGGAUCCUGCACACAAGUUGCAUUUGAGCAGACAACUGGAUUAGUUGCUGUUUCCACUGAAGAUUAUUGUGUACAAUUCUAUAGCUUGUUUGACAACCAUGAGGUUUCAGAGGUCCAAGUGUGCAAAAGAAAUUUUCAGCCUGCAGAUGACGUUAUGCUAUAUGUGGCUCUUGUAGCCAUUUCUCUUGAUGGCUCCUUAAUGGCUACCAUUGAUGUGACAAUUCCUGAAGAAAAAUUAGGGGGUUUGGUUUGUCUAAAAUACUGGACUCGUGGUUCCCUAGUGGCAGAGUACUUAUUAUCCACUGUCAUAUAUGAGCCUCACAGUGAUGCUCAAGUUUCAUCUCUUGCAUUUCGCCCUGGACACAACAUGGCUGUCACAUCAUCUUAUGGUGGUGAUUUUAAGGUUUGGGUUCAUGGUUCUCAUGCCGACAGAAAUAAUGAAUCAAUCCAGAGAACUGGUUGGAGAUGCCAAUCUGUUGGUUCAUACAAGGGAAAAUCAUUAACAGCUGCUGCUUUUUCUGCCGAUGGAUCAGUCCUUGCUAUUGCAGCUGAGACUAUAAUUACAUUAUGGGAUCCAGAUUCCAAUAUUCUUGUGGCUAUGAUUGGAGAUACACUUUCGCCAAUUACAAAGCCUUCAUUUGUUGGGGAAUCAGAAUAUCUGGUGUCCUAUACACACGGUUUAAAGCCACAACUUUCAGUUUGGAGUACUUCAAAUUUGGCAUUGUACUGGUCUCACGGGAUUGUUACAGAAGCCGUAAGCUGUUCCCAUGAUGAAUCUCAAUUCGCCGUCUUAGCUCUUCUCAGUUCAGCAGGUGAUGCUGAUGCAAAAGGAAAUGGGGUUGUUACGAUUCCUUGGCUUGCUUGUCGUAUAGUGUACGCCUACAUCGCUCUGUUAACCCUGGACUGGAUCCUUGUAUCUGCCAGUCUCGACUUGUGGCUUACUUCCGCUUAUCCUGAAUCCCGACCUGUACGCCUCAGCCUGCUUCUGCUUAUCCUGAGUCCCGACCUGUACGUCUCAGGAGUACAACUUCUCCUCUCUGUUAUAUUGCGAGAAGGUUUUUUGCACUUCUUCGGACUCAGCCUGGUCCCGGCAGUUAUAGGAGCCCCUUUUGAGGCUGCUAUGUUCCGGGCCUACUCGAAGGGAUCAUCCCGACGGCCCAGUCAUCUUUUGCAGGCUGUGGGUGAUGAGGUUGAGAAGGGCCUGGCUGCCUCUUCGGCUACUUCUUCUCAUGAAACUGCGAAGGAACCCUCAGCAUCCUCCACCCCGCUGCUUCUGCCGGUGAGCCCUUCUGAGGCUAUCCCUACAGCUUUGGAGCCCAUCGAGGAAGAGAGGGCUCCCUCUCCGCCUCCAGACAAACGCCUGCGACUCUAG